CGGGCUCUCGGGCUCAUCCACAUGCGCUCUGCAAGAGAACACAGCCGAGCCGUGCAGUGCGCUUCUGUGCGUAACGCCGAUUUCACUCCUGUCUGGUAGGCUACUUUGGACAAAACUAUUCUUGUGUCUCCAGAGUAGAGCUGAAUGAGUUAUAAGAGCUGUAAGAAAGCAGAGCACUUAUACUCGGAUGGACAACGUGUUUUGAACGGCAGAUUAGAGGAGAGAUCCCUGCGGAGACCUUUAUCACCAAACCAUCGUAGACCAAUGGAGCGCAAUAACGCACGUAAACGCGUGACGGCUAUAUAAGGGAAUACACUUCAAAAACACUUUUUUAUUCAUAGCACAAACUCAAAGGUUCCGAGAAAAACAGGUUGUUUUACAACGACGACUUGAUGCAUAUUUGAAAAAGAUUUUGUUACGCAGUUUGCGCUUGCAGUGCGCAAUGGGCUCAGUUUCUGAAUAUGGACUGAAUCUGGAAAUCUGAGCGUUGUAAGGAGGAAAAAGCUUGUUUUGUUUCUUUCACAAACGCAGAUUUAUCUGCGUUUGUACCUUGAAGGAGAUCACUAACUGUUACUUGAACACGGGUCACUCCAAGACGGCGCGUUUCGGUAAGAUGGAUUUCUCGCGAUCUCUACUAGGAAUUGCAAUUAUCUUUUGCUUCGUUUUGAAAGUCAGCGCAGAGGAAGGUGAGACGUGCGGAGGCCACCUGGACGCCAGCGACGCAGGUUACAUCACGUCACCCGGUUACCCGCUGGAAUACCCGCCCCAUCAGAGCUGCCAGUGGGUGAUCGCCGCUCCCGAACCCUCGCAGCGCAUCGUGCUGAACUUCAACCCUCACUUCGAGCUGGAGAGACUGGAUUGCAGGUACGACUUCAUAGAGAUCCGAGAUGGGAAUUCUGAGUCUGCGGACCUGCUGGGAAAGCACUGCAGUAACAUCGCUCCACCCGCCAUCAUUUCCUCCGGUCCCUCCAUCCACAUCAAGUUUGUGUCUGAUUACGCGCACCAGGGCGCCGGUUUCUCCCUGCGCUACGAGAUCUACAAGACCGGUGCCGAUCACUGUUUCCUCAACUUCAGCGCCUCAUCCGGCGUGAUUGAGUCUCCUGGCUUUCCUGACAAGUAUCCUCACAAUUUGGAGUGCUCGUAUAUCAUCAUCGCCCCGCCUCAGACCGAGGUCACGCUCACCUUUCAGACCUUCGACCUGGAGAACGACCCUCUGCUCAUGGGGGAGGGAGACUGCAAGUAUGAUUGGUUGGACGUGUGGGACGGCCUUCCCCAAGUGGGACCCCUGAUCGGCCGAUACUGCGGGACUAAAAUUCCUCCAGAGAUCCAGUCUUCCACAGGACUUCUGUCGCUUUCCUUUCACACUGACAUGGCCGUGGCCAAAGAUGGUUUCUCUGCCCGCUAUAACAUGACACACAAGGAAGUCACUGACACAUUUCACUGUAGCAAUGCAUUUGGAAUGGAGUCUGCGAAGAUCUCUGAUGAUCAAAUCACAGCGUCGUCUUCAUUUUAUGAUGGACGCUGGCAGGCCCGCCAGGCACGUCUCAACAACGAUGACAAUGCCUGGACACCGGGUGAAGACAGCAACAGGGAAUUCUUACAGGUGGAUCUGCAGUUCCUCAAGGUUCUGACCGGGAUCGCUACCCAAGGAGCCGUCUCCAAGGAGACCAAGACAUCCUACUACGUAACAACCUUCAAGCUGGAAGUUAGCACCAACGGAGAGGACUGGAUGAUCUACCGGCACGGCAAAAACCAUAAGAUUUUCCAUGCCAACACCGACCCAUCUGAGGUGGUUCUGAAUCGUGUUCCUCAGCCUGUUCUCGCUCGCUUCGUCCGAAUCCGACCACAGACGUGGAAUAAUGGAAUUGCUCUACGCUUUGAGCUUUAUGGCUGCCAGAUUACAGAUGCCCCUUGUUCUGAACUCCAGGGAAUGCUUUCUGGCCUCCUCCCCGAUUCCCAGAUCUCAGCGUCCUCGGUUAGAGACCUCCACUGGACACCGGGAGCCGCGCGUCUGGUGGCCAGUAGGUCGGGAUGGUUCCCCGGUCCGGCCCAGCCUAUUGCUGGAGAGGAAUGGCUCCAGGUGGAUCUUGGAACACCCAAAACUGUGCGAGGAGUUAUUACUCAAGGAGCUCGAAGCGGAGAGGGCGGAACCACCUCGGAGAACCGGGCAUUCGUACGGAAGUACCGCAUAGCACAUAGCAUGAAUGGAAAAGACUGGAACUUUGUAAUGGACAGCAAGACUAGCAUGCCUAAGGUUUUUGAGGGGAACACACACUACGACACCCCAGAGCUCAGACGUUUUGAGGAGCUCCCCGCCCAGUACAUCCGGAUCUAUCCGGAACGGUGGUCUCCGGCAGGGAUCGGAAUGAGAAUGGAAGUUCUUGGCUGCAACCUGCCAGAGACGUCCACACCAGCUGUAGAGACAUCCAAACCCACUCGACCUUUCUCUGCCGAAACCAGCACCACCCAGAAGCCCAGCCCAGUUACGAUCGCCGCGCUGCCGUCUCACAAAGGGCUUUGCGAUUUCGAGCAAGGAUUGUGCGGUUGGACGCUCGACCCGGAUUCUGACCUCGGCUGGGUUCUACACACCUCCAGCAAAACCACGGCCUUGGGCCAGAGUCAAGACCUCUCCGUGGGCUCCAACAAUUUGGGAAACUACCUGUACAUUGAGGCCAGUCCUGAGAUUCAGAAACAGAAAGCUCGGCUGGUCAGUCCCAGCGUGGAUCCAGACACCGGACCUCUCUGUCUGAUGUUCUCCUAUCAGCUGGAGGAUCAGGGAACCCUGAAAGUUCUGCUGCGGAACAAACACAAAGAGGAGACUGUCCUCUGGGCACUCCAAGGAGACAAGGAACCCACGUGGAAAGAAGGACGCACCAUCAUACCUCAAUCCCCAAAUGAUUUUCAGGUGGUAAUGGAAGGGUUUUUUGAGAGUGCCAAAGGUCACAUCUGGAUCGACAACAUCCAUAUGAGUGUGAGCACACCUUUGGAGGAAUGUACGGAGCCUUUCGUGGCGUUCCCUCCGGACAUGACCGUUAAAAAGAAUGACAUCGGAAGCGGUCGUCUCUUUAACAACAAGGACCACAUCAACGCAGGUUUUCAGUCUCCAGAUUGGAGAACAGCCGAACCGCCAUCAGAUCCUCCCGUGACACAUGUAAUGGACAAGGACAGCACGUGGCUCUACUCACUGGACCCCAUUCUUCUAACCAUCAUCGUCAUGAGUUCUCUGGGCGUUCUGCUGGGCGCCGUGUGCGCGGGACUCCUGCUGUACUGCACCUGCUCAUACGGCGGCCUGACGUCGCGCUCCACCACCACACUGGAGAACUACAACUUUGAGCUCUACGACGGCAUCAAGCACAAAGUCAAGCUCAACCAACAGCGCUGCUGCUCCGAGGCCUGAUACCAAGUCUCCCAUCAUGACCUCAAAAAACCCCCAUUUGACUCUUUGAAUGAGAAACAAGCCUCGUCUCUUAGUAUUCUUGGAAUGCAUGUCCAUCUCGGUCAGGGAUACUUCUGGAGUUCCCGGCAGUCGCGCUUCUCGACUCCACAGCUGCCGCCGAGGACCUCGUCUUUCACUGGAUUCUUGAAAAAGUGGAACGUUUGGUGCCACAAAGGCUGAAACGCUUUCCAGGGCUCCGCCUCAAAAUAAAUGUCGACACAUAUCAAUGUUUUGCUAUUCCAAAAAGAUGAAAGUAUAUCAGAUUUCUAAGAGAUCUAGUUUGUAAAACAGGAGACAACUGGCUGGACGCCGAGACCUUCUCUUUCUUAAAAGUAAAAUGUGUGGCCUAGGAUGUGAUGUGUUGUCUUAAAAGGCUCUCGUGGGUUCGGUUUAAUGUCACUUCAUCAUUUUCCGAUUAUCCUUUGUUGUUGCGUGUUUGCAUCCCUUUGCUUUGGUCCAACCAUUUUGUGUUUCUCUUGUCGGUCUCUUUAAAAGUAUAAAGUAAGGAAAACUCAGAUUAAGGGAAUCUACUAGAUUUAGUUUUAGGUCAUGUUUGGUGGAUUGUGUUCAGAAAAUAGGCACUUCUUUUUGAAAGAUUUUGUCAGCGCAACCUAUGGAUUGCUGUAAGUCAUAAAGACGAGACAACGACGAGCAGGGUUGAGCUUUGAUCUUGCAAACAGGCGUUGGGUUGUAAAAGUGUUAAGAAGACUAUCAUUGCUUGUUCAAGUUCAUUUUGAAAGAUAUCUUAUUUACAAACCAUACGAUUUUCAGUGCCAAUACCCGAAAAUGAUCUCCUGCCUCUUGGGGUCAACAUCAAAAUGAUUGUUUAAAGAGCUUGUACAGCUUACGUUUUCAAAGCACUAAAUACAGAAACCUUUCAUAUAUUUUCUUAAAAUCCUUUGAGAGGCCCACUUGAGUUUCGGAUACAAUGGAGGUUCCAGCUGUUCUUAAGAGUUUGGAGCAACCGGAUCAAACGUUUCCGCCACGCAGCCUUGAAUGUGUAACUCAUCAACCACAACCUUUCUUUAUUUCAUUCCCAAUUCACUUUUUAGCCACUUUUAUGUUUCCACAACAAGGCUUCAAUUAUAACAGGACUUAGCUUGUAAAUCACAUUCGGGUAACAUUAGCUCCCCUGUGGUUUCCAAAGCCUGAAAAAGAGAAAGACAGAUGUCCUAAAUCUCGCUCCGUUUGGAUUCCUCACCUUCGUAAGCGUUCCAAAAAACGCACAUCAUUGGACGUGAAAGUGAAUGCGCGUGAAGCACAGCAAACCCGCGGAUGAAGACACGUCAUUAGAAAUGAUAUGGAGGCACUGGUGUGAUGUUUCUUCUGCUCUUGGACUUUUCUCGAUCCAUCUUCUUAAAGACUCUUGCUACUGAAACUUUUGCAAGUGCCUUGGAGCUGUCCCGUUCCAGCGUCUGCUCUGGACCUGACUCAAAGAAACUGCUUUCGGAGCUUUUGUCUGUCUUAACCACUCGGAAUACUUGAGAAUCACGGCACUGGUGGUUGGAAUUCCAGUCACUCGCUUUGUACAGAAAAUGUGCUUUUUAUGAUGAUGAUUAUUGUUAUUAUGAUUAUUUAAUAAAGGAUUGAUAACAUUGGGUUUUGGGGUUCAUGUGGUGCCGUCUUCCAAGAUGAACAUUCCAAGGUGAUUGUUUGAUGUUUUAUGCAUCUAUCAAACAUCAACACAUUUUGUCCAAAAACACACAUCUCUCUCUCUCUCUCUCUCUCUCUCUCUCUCUCCAGUCAUGUCUGCUGCAGUUUCUCUCAUCUCCCCAUGGGCUCCCAUUAGCAUGGACCUUCAGUGGCCUUCAUUUAGGGGCUCACGACAUCAAAGCUUUGAAGUGCUUCACUGUUCCACCCCCUAAAGACUUUCAUCCCUCGACCUCACCAAACCAUCCAGUCACCACGAGCCGUUUCUCUACCUAUCUGCUUUCUACAAUUACAGGAAACUUCUACGGCAAAAUCUGGUGCAACUCGCACAGGAUCAUUGGAAGACCGACUACUUGAAGAUCCUGUUAAUUUUGGGGCUUUUAGUUCAUGUUUAGAAGCCCCAAGGCCAUCUAUAUUCUACUAGGCUCCCAUGCAUGUUUAAAACUUAUGGUCCUUGUCUUUCCGGAAACAUUCCAGUGAAAAAAAAACAUAUGUAUGAGUCAUCUUCACCGCAGGGGCUUAUAGAAAUGCUUGUCCAUUAAAAUGCUCUCCAGUCCAAUUCAAUGAAAUGAAAUGCACUGCAGUCGCGCGAGAAGCAAGUCAUGAUCCAUGGCUGUGAUAUAAGAUAGAUUCAUUCAUUUGUUUAAUUAUUUUACAUUUUCAUUUGUGGCCUUUGAGACCAGGAGCCGCGGUGAAAUAUAGCACACGCUCUCAUUCAACAGAUGUUUAAUGUUUAUUUUAUUACAUUUAUUGUGUUUGAUCAGUUCAAGAUUAAUGCAAAAAGGAAAACCUUUUGAAUUCUUUGCAGAGAUUAAAGUAAAUACUAUGUCAAUAUUACAAAGUUCACAGGAAAGGUCCGUUCACACCAGUGGGGAUAUAAAAAAUUUUCGAGAACGGUGGCAUCCACGUUUAAAACCACAACAAAACCGAGAAAUGUUAUUCUUGCGACGAUCGAUAAUGAUCAUUCUUGGUGUAAAUAGGCUUGAAGGGUUCACCCCUGAAUGAAAAAUCUUUCGUCGUUUAUUAACCAUGUCAUUCCCAACCUACAUGACUUUCUUUUCUUUGCAGAACACAAAAGAAGAUAUUUUGAAGAACGUUGGUAACCGAACAACAACGAACCCCAUUAACUUCCAUUGUAUGGGCACAGAACCACAGACACAUUUCUCAAAAUAUCUUCGUUUGUGUUUCACUGAAGAUAAAGUUAUAUACAGGUUUGGAACAACAUAAGGGUGAAUAACUGCCCAUUCUUAUUUUUGGGUGAACUAUCCGUUUUAAAGUUGCAUGAGUCAUUUGGUCUAGAAAAGAUACAAGCAUCUCCAUGCUUCAGCCACUCUGAGCCACAUCUAUUGGAGAACCAGGAAAUAACUCGGAGCCCGUCCGUCGGGCUCUGCUUUUCCACCCCAAUUAUUCUAAACUUUUGUAAAUGUUGUUUUGCCUCCCUGUCAGAUUGAAAUCUAAUUCUCCGCUGGGACCUCCCUGGCGAAGAUCAGAGCGUUUUCCCUCUUUCUCGGUAAGCUGGACUUUCCAUCAAAGCUCAGCCGUGCACGCUGGAGGUUUAUAGGUGAUCAGCGUUUGAAGGAGGCCGCGUUUGAGAUAUACAAAGAGCAAAGGGCUAAUUCAUCUCCAGAGGAACAGAGGACAAGUUGACAAAUGAUGUUGAGCUUGAAGCACGCCGCUAUUCCCGGUUGGCUACCGAGUCUGGUGUCAGUUCUGAUGUGAAGGCUUUGGUAUGUUUAACAUCUCCGUCGAGAGGCGGCUUUUGGUUAUUCAGGUAUGUUUAUGUUUUAAGCAGAUGCUAUAGCAAGGUCACUUACUUACGUUGCCUUAAACUUUUGCAAGUUAUUUAUCAGUUCGAUACCUAAAUAUUUAAGGUCAAGACUAAAGGAACUGUGUGCAUAAACAUUUGGGAUCAAAAUAAAACCAAAACUUUCAAACGUGUGUGAAAGCAGAACUACAGACAGUUGAGCGCAAAUCCUUGUCUGUCGUAGGCGAGUGUUUAAAUUCCAAACCAGAUUCCCAUAUCCACACUCUUCCCUAUCUAAGGCACGGCUCAAGCCUGCCCACGGCUCACUCGGCAGAUUGUGGGAAAGCCUCCCGGAGCAGCAGCAGCCCACCUCUCUCCACGGCCAGCAGUCCAAAGCUCUUAUCUGGGUCAGCAGAGGGGUUUUUCUGCACUAGAUCUGGUGCGUGACAGCCGGACCUCCUGCCGUCUCUGCAUCUUCAUUAUUAACCACGCAGGAAAUCAGCUCUGCAUGAAAAUAAUCACAAGACCAGAAUUAGAAAAUGAGAUCAGUGGAAAGCAAGAAACUGAAUGGGGUCAAAAAGUGUUUUUAUAAACGGUUCAUUGCGGAGAAAGAAGUUUAUUUAAGAAAUGAUGACAACACGAAAUGACUGAUCCUACACAUGAAUAUCAUACACGGAACAUAUGAUAUUGUUUCUCUUCUAUGCUCUGUGAGUAUAUGACUAGUUAUUGUGACUUUAUUUUAUUAUGUAUGUUGUUACUAUUAAUUUUGUUGUGUUGGUGAGCCAAAGACAAAUUUCCACUUAGGUGGACAAUAAAGUUAUACAAUACAAUACAAUACAAAUACAAUGGCUCGGUUUCACAGACAAGGCUUAAGGCUAGUCCCAGACUAAAAUGAAUGUGUGACCUGUCUUAACUCAAUAUAACUUGCCCAGAAAUAUCUUAAAAUAUAUCCGUGUCAUUGUUUUGUCACAAGAUGCACACCAGUAAUGUAUUCUAAGGCAUUUUUAUAAAAGCGACAUAAAUAGGCUGUCUUAGUUCAACUAAGGCAUAGUCCUGGCUAAGCUGUGUGUGUGAAACCGGGCCAAUGUGUUUCCAAAAAUAAUUUUAAAAUGUAGUUGUAUUCAUUAGCUGUUGCAUUAUCAUGAACUAAUAAGAAAUUCAUUUUACAGAAUCUUAGUUAACAUUGGUUUAUACAACUAUCAUUCAUUGUUUGUUCAUUGUGCAUUAAGUAGGCCUAAUGUUAAUUUUAAAGAUGUGUUAAAAUGAACAUCAAUAAAGAUUAAUAAAUGCUGUAGACGUUUAUGUCACCAUAGUUUUAACUGGAGCCUUACCCUGUAAACAAAUUCUCAUAAAAAUCGAAAUUUUCUGGCAGCUGGUGUUCCAGAAAAAUAUCCUUUUUGCAUGUAAAAUUACGUGUUUUG